AGAGAGAGAGCUGGACUCAACGUUACAUGGAUUCUGUCCCCAAACGUCCUUUGUUUUGCUUGACAUGGCCAUGGGGGGUUGCCCCUGGUCCCAACCAGACUCAAACCUCAAGUUCCUCCUCCUGCAACCCCGACGACACUACUCCUUGGCUAUUCAAAUCUCUUCAAAUUCUUGGAUCCUUGGCUUUCAAUUUUGCGAAUUCAAUUUCAAAAUCCCAACUUCAACUUCCGUGGAACCAAAUCCCCCCAUUCCACCUGCAUGGCAAGCUCAAAAUCAACCCCCAAAACAGUUCAGAAACAACGAAAAAGAAGAUGUUGUUGACUCCUGAAGAACAAGGAGAAGCCGAACAAUGUGCACUAGCGUCUGCCCUAGCGAGGGGAAAGGAAGCCACAAUCGUUGAGUUUUACUCUCCCAAAUGCAGGCUUUGCAAUUCUUUGCUUAAUUUCGUCUUGGAAGUAGAGAAUAGGAACUCCGAUUGGCUAAGCAUUGUGAUGGCGGACGCUGAGAAUGAAAAAUGGCUGCCUGAGCUUCUUCACUAUGACAUAAGGUAUGUGCCAUGCUUUGUAAUACUGGACAAGUAUGGGAGGGCACUUGCAAAGACAGGCGUACCCAGCAGCCGCCUACAUGUAAUUGCUGCUCUUUCUCAUCUUCUCAAAAUGAAGCGUCCCCUCCCCUGACCAAUUAAUUCAUUCAUUCAUGAGAUGGAAGUUUAAUUAAUACCUGAGUUUUGCGUUUGAUGUAUCA